AUGGCUACCUCUCUUCUCAACGCCUCAAACCAUACCAUACCCGUGGCAUCCCCGCAAACCAACCCACUCCCCGAAGCUUCAAAGCCCACAAUCGACAACCGCCUUCCCCCAACCUGGCUACUCAACAACUACAUUUCCACCCGCGGUGGGUGUAACUAUCUCGCCCAGCUCGCAGCCAUGCUCCCGCCCACCGAAGCCACCCUGCGCGACAAGGCUCUCCGUACUAUGUACACAGUCACCCGCGAGCUCUGCAACAAGCUGGAGCAAGCGGCGUAUAGCCAGGACCUCGCUCUCCCGGCUCUCCCUCCAAUCUCGGAGAACUAUGAAGAGGAGGCUGCGCUCCCGAGGGAGGAAAUGAUUGAGAUGAUCAAGCCGCAUGCACACGAUAGUGUCAAUGAGAUUCUUGGCUACAAUAAUAGCCUAGCGCGUGAUAAGAAGGAUGGUGGGUGCGGGUGGGAAGUGCUGACCGUGGCGCUCUGUGAGAAUAACAAGCAGUUCGAGGAGUCAUUGAAGGCAAUGGGUAAUGCGGCGGGGACUCGCGACGUCGGCGCGAUAUUGAGGUUCUAUGGGCAGAUGGGGACGUGGGAGAUCUCGGCGGAUAGUAUUGCUGGUGCACAGUGUCUGGCUGAGGCAUCGGCAAGGUUGAGGAAAGAGAAAGGGGAGGCGUGGUGGAUGGAGGAGGCGGAGCCGGUUUUUACAAGGAAUGAAACGCUGUUAGCGAAUUGUAUGAUGGUUGGGAUUGAGCAGUAG